GCAAGUCAUCAGUUUCGUCGCCAUCAUAGCGACGAGAUCGCGAUCGCUUUUGGCCGUUGAGCCAGAAAUUGGGAUCAUCAUCGUUUACGACGAAAAGCAAAGCAGAGCUUUUGCUCUGUUAACACCUGUGUUUUUGGUCACCCUAGUACCGUCACAUCGGCCGUGGACUAUCGGCAUCUCAAGGAAUUUUUCUUCACCUUUGACGAUAACGAAACAUGGCUUAUUGAAGAAGAUGAAGGGCCUGCAGAAAUACAUUGUUUCUCCAUACGGAGGAAACCGUAGCCUCAACAACUCUGGAAUUCAGCACGAACGCUUUCGUGCCAGAAAUGGAAAAAAAUACGAAAUUUCCGCAAUCCUCCGCAAAGGGGGUUCCUGCUGAUGCUAAAAAAAAUCAAGAUAUUAUAAACAAACUUUUUCCAAGGAGCUCGCGCAGACGUGAAUCAGCAGGUACUAGCAAUUUUUCAAAAUCUGAACAAUCAAGGAAGUGUAAUGUACAAAAAACAAAAAAUUUUGAUAAGAGACCAAAACCUAAAGGACAAUAUCAUGGCAGUUCAAAGGAGGAUACCAAGGUAGUGCAAGCAGAAUUAGCUGAGCCUGGCUCAGUAGUGGUCCAAGGAAGUAAAAAGCAGAACUUGAAUCAUCUGCUGAAUUUUCAUUAUGAACCACGUGAAAUGCGUGGUUCAGGUACAUGGAAUCAUGGAAAAUCGAUAAAAGGUUUGACUCGGAACAGUAAUAGAUGCCUUCCACCAGUGCAACGCCAUAAAUACAACAAAGAACAGUUUUUGCAAGCUAGUUGCCAGUUUGUUGUAAAUGCCAAUGGGAAUUAUACGUUAUAUUUAAGUGAUCCUGAUGUACUAGUUGACUGGAAAUUGAUAGAACAAAUUAAACUUCACAGUUCUGAAAAUUUAUCAUGCCCGAUAUGUUUGUAUCCACCAGUUGCUGGAAAAAUAACACGUUGUGGUCACGUCUAUUGUUGGCCGUGUAUCCUUCAUUAUUUAUCACUUUCUGAUAAACCCUCGCGUAAAUGUCCUAUUUGUGAUGAAUCUGUUCAAAAAUCUGAUUUAAAAAGUGUUAACGAAGUCACUCAAAGUACGUUAAAUUUAGGAGAUACUAUCACUUUACGUUUGAUGCGCCGUGAGAAAGGGUCACUGCUUGCAGUACCUGUUGGAUCUCUAAUUCAAAAUCCAACAAACUUUUUCCCACUAUCAGAGACUAUUAGCAAUCAAGUGUAUUCAAAACUCCUUAUUGCAAGUACAGAAGAUGUGAUGAAUAUCAUUGAAUGUGAACGUACACAGUUGAAAUUUGAACUAUCAGAUAAUCCUGAUUCUCCGGAAAAUUGUUAUAUUGAACAGGCGCUUGAUGAACUUUCGAAAAGAGAAGGGGAAUUAUUACAAAGGAAAAGAAAUUUUUUACAGGUAAAAUCAGAAAUUCCUCUGAACGAAACUUCAACAUUGGCCUACAAAUUACAAAUAGAAAAAACCGAUAUUGAGAAACAUUUAUCUCAAUCAAGAUCUCAAGACUAUGAAGAAACAAACACUUCAACAAAAAGGAAUAAAAAUGACGUGGAUGAAGAAAUAUUAAAAUCGGCGGAAAAUUCGUCUAAUGGCGUUCAAUUAACCCCAGACAUACCAAAAUUCUUUUAUUUUUACCAAGCGGAAGAUGGGCAGCAUCUGUAUCUUCAUGCGAUGAAUGUAAAAAUGCUAGAAAUGCAAUAUGGCAGUCUUGAAAAUUCCCCUCGUGUGAUAAUGGGAAAACUCCUUGAAAAAGAGGGAGGAAGUCUUACAGAAGAUCUAAGACGUAGACUAAGAUACUUAUGUCACUUGCCAUUAACUUGCCAAUUCGAGGUAGCUGAAAUUGAAUUAAAGCCACCAAUUGUGUCAGAGGAGGUUUUAUCUUCAUUUCAAGAUCAGUUGACACUGAGACACAGACAUAGGCAACAACGAGAACGUGACGAAAGGAAAAGAGAAAAACAAAUUACCGAAGAAGAAAAUAAGCGAAUGGGAAGAUAUCCAACUCCUGCUGUACACAUUGAUUCACGGCGACAUUUUCCUCGAUGGCAGCCAGAAUCGUUGUUUUCUGAGGAAAGUGUUCCGUCACCACUAGAAUCUACGGCGGCUUCAAGCGUAGCUAGUAGUCCAUCUUCCAACACAUUUGACGAAAUGGUUGCAUCUAGACAAACUGAUAAUGUUGCUCACGAACAGGGACCAUCAUUUGCAGAAAUGUUGCGAAAUACUGGCACACGUUUGAAAUCGCAAACACUAUGGCCAUCGAUUAACUCCACACAUAGGAAACAGUAUACUAGUCUGACUGUUCAGACACCCUCGAGAAACACCGAAGAAGAAGAUUAUGUCUCAGUACCAUCAUACAGUCAGAAUUUUGGUGAUGCUUUAGCAGCCGCUUUACAACAAACUAAGUUAGAAACAGAGAAAAAUGGAGGUGGAAAAAAAAAGAAGAAAAAGAAGAAAGGGAAAUCAACCGUAUUGUUUGCAACUACUGUGGCACAUGAAUCUUAAUUCUUUUCAUGAUAACGCUUGCACUUUACGUUGUUAUUUUCGAAUUUCGCGUUUCCAUUGUAUAUUUUAUUACCGCGUGUUAUAUUUCAGAUUAUUUCGGGUAUAUGUUAGGAAAUUUAUCAAGUUCUAGUAUAAAUCGUAACAUGUAAUUAUAUAUUAUCCUCCAUUUGUGAAACUUUCAUCAUUAUAUUAUCGAUUAUUGAACAAUUGUUUCCUGUAGCAUUCGGGUCUGUUGUGCUUGCAAAUAAAAUUUAGUUUCGUGGAAAGUA